AUGGCAUAUUCUCUCUCUUCUCCACCUCUCAAAUCUCUUACUCCCGAAUCGUUGACCCAGCUCAAAGAGUGCAGUGAAAAGGUUUUCUUCCAGAUUAUCAGCACGAACCUGAAGCGCAAGUCAUACCAAACUUUAGAAGAGCUGAGCAUCUUAAUACACGCUGUUGACUUGCUCCACGGGGAUGAGCAGGGAUUUUGCGGAAUUUUCGUGAUCUCUAGCGCGACCUCGGGCAAGGCACCCAAAGUUUUCGCGGAGUAUAGAGGAAUAUUCUGGAGUGCGGCAGGCUCUCAGAGUCAGGCUAUAUGCACCUAUCACUUAUCAUUCAGGGAGGUCUUGAACGUCUUCAAGAUAUCAUUUAGACAUCAUCAUCGCCCAGCGAGUGAUGGGCUGUUGAGGAUGCAAAUGGGAUGGAAUCUGGAACAAGACGAAGACCGAAUGUCGUCUGAAGUCUUGUGGACGCGAUCAAUAACACCAGAACUGGAAUAUAUCGAGCACGUCCGGGAUCGCCUAAAACGGCACCUGCGUGCGAACCCUGCCUGUGCAGCUGAGCUGCGUACUGUCGGUCCUCCUUCCAAUAUCACUACCACCGAAUGGGUAAAAUCCGUCUGGCCAAAUCUGAAGAGUGCACUCAGCGCCAGAAGCAGCUCUUUCUCGUGGGCUGUUCCAAAAAUAAAGCAUGUUCUCGCCCCUCAUGUAAUACUGCAAACACCAGGAUAUGGUAGUAGCGAAUGCAAGCUUGCUGUCAUGAAUCUGCGUGGAGACCUCAACUGA